AUGACAAAAGGCAAUUAUAUAUGUGGACUUUAUCAGACGGAAUACAUAGAAACCAAAUGGACUAUAUCUGUGAGAAGAGAUGAUGGAGAAGCUCAGUGUAAUAGCUACAAUCAGAUUUCAGCCAAGAGUCUCGGGUGGUGGUGUCUGGCUUGUGGGAAGCACCACUACCAGGUGGACAUAGUUUUAAACGUCUCACAGGGUGGGCAAAGAGAGACAGAGCCAGCGAGCUGUCUACUUAGCAAAGACAAGACUACUGAUGAAGGUUCCAGGAACAAUGGAGAGAGCCUAGCUGCAGCUGUUGCUGACCGAGGACACGAUAUUACCACGAAGAAGGACAGAGGAGUAUUAAAGAUGGUCAAAAGAGUGGGGACUAGUGAUGAAAACCCAAUGAUUAGAGAUAAAGCUUCAGUCAAUUACAAAGGAAAAGUGUCAAAUGGAAAGAAGUCUGAUUCCAGUCAUGAUAGGAAUGAGCCAGUUUUCUUUAGUCUUAGCAAGGGCCAAGCUAUGAAAGCAUGGCACAUUGGGGUGGCUACAAUGAUGAAAGGGGAGACCUGCCUCUUACCAUGUAAGGCAGAGGACGCAUAUGGCUCAGCUGGCAGCAUCCCCCAAAUCUCCUGGAAUGCCACUCUCCCUUUAGAAACUGAGCUCCUUGGUUUCAAAGGAGAGGAUUUAUUUGAAGAGAGAGGCAUUAUCCAGAGAAUCAAACAGAAAGGAGAGGGAUACUCAAACCCAAAUGAAGGUAAGUUCACAGAGCAGGAUGCAAAGGAAGAAGCCAGUAAAGCUAUGGUCAAGAAGGGUUUGCCAACAGAAAAGCAACAGAAAGCCAAGCAAUGGAAGAAGAAACCCCAGAAGGGCAACUAUGACCCCACACUAAGGAGGGAUGAGAGUUGA